UAGAAAGUUGUUGUUCCCCUAGUUGAUUUCCCCUGCCUCGUUCUUUCUUUUCGAAAACUCAUAAAACAUGGGUAUUUCUCGUGAUUCAUUUCAUAAGCGUCGUGCGACUGGUGGUAAAAAGGCUCAGAUCCGCAAGAAGCGAAAGUACGAAUUAGGACGUCCUGCAAGUAACACUAAGAUUGGUGUUAAUCGAGUCCACUUUGUCAGAACUCGUGGUGGAAAUAGAAAAUUCCGUGCACUCCGUAUUGAAGGUGGAAAUUUCGCCUGGGCUUCACAAGCAACAGCACGUAAAACGAGAAUUCUUGAUGUCGUUUAUAAUGCAUCAAACAAUGAACUUGUUCGUACCAAGACUUUGGUAAAAAACUGCAUCAUCACAAUCGAUGCUACUCCAUUCAAGCAGUACUAUGAAUCCCACUAUUUGCUUCCUCUUGGACGCAAGAAGGAUUCUAAGAAAGCUGAAGCUGCAACUGAGGAAGAAGAUCCACUCACAAAGAAACGCGGCAAGGAAGCAAUGAAGAAAUAUGAGGAACGUCAAAAGUAUGCUACAGUUGAACCUGCUUUAGAAGAACAAUUCUUACAAGGACGUCUCCUAGCUGCUAUCUCAAGUCGACCAGGACAAGUCGGUCGUGUUGAUGGAUAUAUUUUGGAAGGCAAGGAACUCGAGUUCUAUGUUAAGAAAAUCAAGUCUAAGAAAUCGAAGUAAAUUCGAUCUGUGAAAUGUAUGCAUUCAAGAGGAGACAACAUCAAAUAAAAUCCAAUUUUUGAAAUCU